CGGCCUAAUUGAUCCGGUUCAUUCCGGUUCAGCACUUUUUUGUUUUUAAUUAUUUCUGCCUCGACUGAGCAGUGGAAGUAACUUAACGAACCGCAUCACAGCUCUGGUAACUUACUCCGGUUUUCGAUGACGGCGCCACCACCGGCGAAGCCUUUAUCACUUCAAGAAUGGGAAGCCCUAAUGGAGAAUUUCCAAUCCGGCACCGGAAUUGAAAAAUGGAACUCUCUCGAUCCAUCUCUCACCGAUCAUAUCCUAUCCUCUCUUCUCCGCAAAGACUUUCCUCUUCAACUCAAAUUCCAACUCCUCGUCUUCCUCGACGAAUUCUCCAUUUCCAUUUUCCAUUCCGAAAACCUCAACCGUCUCAUCGAACCUCUCAAAACCGUUAUCCAAUCUCCUCCCGACGCCGUUCACAUCACUCCUUUGUUCAAAGAGCAGUUUAUGAUUUCCGUCACUUCCGUUAUCGUUUGUUUCUUGGAAGAGGAAAACGUUCAAACGGUGAUGGAGAGUUUAGUUGAACUUCUGUUGACGGUUAUUAACCGUCCGAAUUUCGGUUCCGAUCGUCACACACGCGCCAUCGCGUGCGAGUGUUUGAGAGAAUUGGAACGAUCGAAACCGUGUUUACUUUCUGAUGUGGUUGGACAUUUGUGGAGUCUUUGCCAGAAUGAACGAACGCACGCUUCACAAUCCUACAUCUUGCUUUUCACAACGGUUAUUCAUAGCAUCGUUGAGAAGAAACUCAGCAUUUCCAUUCUCAAUACACCGCAUCCGCUGCUUCCGUUCAACACACCACAGUGUGUGAAUCGAGAGGAUUUUGGUUCGGAUUCCGGUUCGGGUUUGAAUACCAAGGAACUGAGGAGAGCUUUGGCAUUUUUGUUGGAGUGGCCACAAGUGUUGACACCAUGUGGAAUGAUGGAGUUUGUAUCUAUGGUGAUACCUGUAGUUGUGGCGUUGGAAUUGCAACCUUCAAUGCUUAAGGUUCAGUUGUUUGGGAUGAUUCAUUCUUAUGAUCCUCUUCUUUGCCAUGUCGUUUUGGCUAUGUUUAUGCGUUUCUUAGAUGCUUUUGAUGGUCAAGAAGGCGAGGUUUCUAGUAGACUCUUGUUGAUUUCUAGAGAAUCUCAUCAUUAUUUGGUGUUUCGCUUGUUGGCAAUUCAUUGGUUGUUGGGUUUCAAUCAAUUGGUGUUCACUAAACAAUCACGUAUUGAGAAGAAGAUUGAGACUGGAAAUGAAGUUUGUUCCUCUUUUUAUCCUUCUUUGUUUGAUCCGUUGGCUCUGAAAGCAUUGAAGCUUGACCUUCUUGCAUCCUGCUCUGUCUUGAGACAGAAAAAUGAUUCUGAUUAUAAAUCUAGUUCCCGUAAUGGUGAUGCUGGUUUGGUUGAUCCAGUGAAGGUGUUUGAACAGGGUCUCAUUUCUGUAUCAUCCUUCAAAUGGUUGCCUCCAGGGAGCACAGAGAUUGCAGUUGCAUUUCGUGCCUUUCAUAAGUUUCUCAUUGCUGGAUCGUCUCAUUCUGAGAGCGAUCCUUCCACAACAAGAAAUAUGUUGGACUCCAUAAUAUUUUGUACUCUGCAGGUGAUGCUUGUGAACAUGACUUUGGAGAGUCGGAGACUGGUUCCUGUUGUUGCUGCUUUUAUGGACCGUUUACUAUCCUGUAAGAAGCAUUCUUGGUUGGGAGAGCGCUUACUUCAGAAAUUUGAUGAGCACUUACUUCCAAAAGUGAAAAUGGAUUAUAAGUUGGUUUAUUGCUUCCCAAUAUUUAAUAGAAUUGCUGAGAAUCAAACAAUACCUCCGUGUGGAUUGAUAGCACUACUCACAAACUUCAUGAUUUUUCUUGUGGAGAAACAUGGCCCGGAUACAGUAAUGAAAUCUUGGUCCCAAGGAAGUAGAGCUCUUGGUAUCUGUCGAACUAUGUUGGUACACCACCAUAGUUCUAGAUUGUUCCUUAGACUAUCUCGUCUACUUGCUUUUACUUGUCUCUUUUUUCCUGAUUUGGAAGUCCGUGAUAAUUCAAGGACAUACUUGCGUAUGCUGGUCUGCAUUCCAGGGAAGAAGCUUAGAGAUAUCCUGAGCCUGGGAGGCACGAUGCUUGGGAUUUCACCUUCCUCACACCAAACCACUUUCUUCAAUGUUCAGUCACCUCGACCUUCUCAGAGAUUCAAGACAUUUAAAAACCUAACAUCCUGCAUUCACUUUGAGCGUCUGACCCCAUUACUUGUUAAGCAGUUUUGGUCUUUGUCUUUAUCAAGUUUAGCCGUGAGUAAUAGCAAACCAGCUUAUCUAGAGGGAAUCAGGGACCUCAAACCCCCUAACGAGGAAAAUGAAUUUUCUGACAGCUCCAAUUCACAGUUAAUUCCUGAAACUGGAAGAACAAAUCAACCAAAUGAGCCACUCCGUGUUAUGGACUCUAAAAUUGCAGAAAUUUUGAACACAUUAAGGAAGUACUUUUCCUGUAUUCCUGACUACAGAUAUAUGGCAGGACUCAAAGUUAGCAUAUCAUGCAGUUUGAGAUUUGAAUCUAAUGCUUUCAAUCGCAUGUUGGGAAUCAAUAACACUGCCACAGCCCAGGAAGAGAUAGAUGCGCUGCCCGCUCUAUAUGCUACUGUGUUACAUUUUUCUUCUUCUGCACCAUAUGGAUCGAUUCCAUCCUCUCAUAUACCUUUUCUUCUUGGUGAACCUAACAGUAAGGACCAUGCAUCUCAAAAUGCCUCCCUCAGUAUUGUUCCUGUGGGAAAGGAAUCCAGAGAAGAGGAAAAAUAUAGAGCUACUGUGGUGGUUGAUUUGGAGCCCAGGGAACCGGCACCAGGUAUAGUUGAUGUUCACAUUGAAACAAAUACAGAAAAUGGUCAGAUCAUUCAAGGUCAACUUCAGGGAAUCACAAUAGGCAUUGAAGACAUGUUUCUCAAGGCCAUUGUUCCAUCAGACAUCGAAGAAAACUCAAGACCUCAGUACAACUUUGACUUGUUCACUGCUUUGUGGGAGGCAUGUGGCUCAUCCUCUAGCACUGGACGGGAAACCUUUCAAUUAAAAGGAGGCAAAGGGAUUGCUGCUAUUAGUGGAACACAAUCUGUCAAGCUUCUUGGCGUCCCUGCAAACUCAUUGAUCCAGGCAACUGAGCGCCAUUUGGCACGCUUUGUUGUAGGUGUGAGUGGGGAGCCACUCAUUGAUGCUGUAUGGGAAGGGGGAAUUAUUCAGAAUGUUAUUUGGGAAGAUGCUUCCCCUGAUGCCACUGCAGUUUUAAAUCAUGAUGCUGGUCCACUCCGUCUUACAUACAAUAAUGAAGAGUAUGAGAAGGGGGUAAUUAUCAAUAGCAGACAAAGCAGCCUAGGCUGUUUUCUUAUUCUAAUAUUUCUUCCACCGAGGUUCCAUCUCCUUUUCCAAAUGGAAGUUGGCGAUGUUUCAACUUUAGUUCGUAUUCGCACAGAUCAUUGGCCUAGCUUGGCCUACAUUGAUGAUUAUCUAGAAGCUUUAUACCUAUCGUCAUAACAGCUGUUGUUUCAUCUACAUUGAUAACUACAUAAAGAUUACCAGUACUCAAUCAGCUUGUGAUAAUGUAUGUCUUUUUUAUUCUUUUGCAAUGUACAGUUUGUAUGUGCCAUAUGUAGAAUGGGGUUUUGCUGCUCAGCACAUUUUUGCUUAUGUGCAUUUUGAGAUUUUGUGAUAUGCUCUUUCUGAAGGGUUACUCUGGGGUCAAUCUUUUCUCUAAAGCUAUUUCAGACCACUCCUGUAAUUGGCAUUAUUCUUGAAGUUGUCUUUAGUAUGCAGUGUGGCUUAAGGGAUGCUUUCAGUUGCAGUACCAGGAUGCCUUUAUAAAAGCCCCCCCUCCCCCCUUCAAUUCAAAUUAGACUAGAAGGUACUUUCCCUCUUUUUAGUUUUUUUGUUGUCAUUUCUUUCACAUGACCUGUAGCAUUUUUAAAUAAGUCAUCAUUAAUUUGUGGAGGUAGCACUAUCCGAUGACUUCUUCGAUGUAGACAUAUAAUGGAUAGCGGCAGACCAAUUUAUAUCGGGGAUGAUAUAAUGGAACUUUUAGAUAGUGUGGUAUUGCUAGAGUACAUGGUUUUUUAAAGGAGCAAACACUAAGUUGCUGCAAUAGAAAUGUGGUAUAACAACCGUCCCUGGAGAAAAGGAAAACAUUUUAAAGUUCAUGCAUUAUUCUGUUUCUCAUUUAAGUCCCUGCUGGGAGCUAUCUUAUAUAUUUUCUGUUUGUUUCGGGAGCUGUCAAUUUUUUUACACAUCACAUGCUUAUGUGACACGAGAGUGGGCAUUUCUUCAUUCAUUUUGUUAUCCAUGCUUGCGAGGACCAAACUGACAGUUAGUUAAAACAUAAUCCUCUUCCUAAUGUCCUUUAAAUUGAAAGAACCCUAACCCUUAUUCCCCAUUGUUGCACUGAAUUGCGUCUGGAUAAAAGAAAUAGAGUUGUGAUGGGAAGCGGUACACCAUUUUCCAAGUCCGUGAAGGUAGUGCAUCAUUUUGGGAAGUGGUACACCAUUUUCGAAGUCCGUGAAGGUGAAGUAAGCCUUUUCCUAAGAGUGGAGUCAAUCCUCUUUAUCAUGAGUAGAGGGGUUUUCGAAUGUACCUCAUUACCACUGAUAAAGGGUGUCUUCUAUACAGAACCAACACAUGGUUGAACCCAAGAAGACAUUCAGCAUUCGAUCAUUCAAUAAGGAUGAUGACAAGGCAAAUUGCAAGUACUCUAUUUGGAAAGAUGAUUGGGAUGAGAUUGUUGCAGCUCAAACAGAGACAUCUAAAAGAGGUUUAAAUACAGAUUAGAAUGGAGGUUGGAAGAGGUAUUGCAAUGGAUGACAUGUGGAAAGCAAAUCUGAAUUAUGAUUGACACUUUGGUUGUUUACAUGAUGAGGUUCAUGAAAUGUUUUUAUCUGCAUCGUUUUGUGAUGCAAAUGUUGUUUAUGGCAGUGUUUCAAUACUUAAUGUAAUGGAUAUUAUUUGAAGUAAAUGUGUAGUUGUGGUUUAAGGUGGAUGACAAACA